CCGACCAGGCGGGAUUUUCCUCUCUCCAUUUAACCCGCGUUUGAUUGGGAAAGUGUCGCUUCCUUUCCUUGCACGGAACGGAAGUCAAUUACAACCUAAUUUUCCGAUUCCUCUUUGAUUUCGAAGAUUUCCGGUUGUAAUUUUCUUCCGUCCGGUAGAUCAGCCAUUGAUUCUUCCAACUAUUCUCUUCCCAGAGUAUUGUAAUCGGUUCUCCAUCUGUGGAAUUCUCAGCUACUCGUCAAGCACCAAGCAAAAUGAGCUCCAUCUCGCUCUCCAAUUCACAUGCUCUGCCGCGGGCUUAUCCUCAUCAUCUUUGCCACUCUCAGCUGCAUCCAUGCCGUCGCCAGUCUCUGCCUUCGUCUAAUUCUCUUUUUAAGCUGCAGCGGUUUGGGAUCUCCGAUCGAUAUUCCACUCGACCUCCCUUGCCGUUGGUUCUUGCCUCUUCUGGAGCUAGCGUCGUCGGCUCCUUUCCGAUCAGAGGAACGUAUACGGUUGGUGAUUUUAUGACGAGAAAGGAGAAUCUUUAUGUUGUUAAGCCUACAACAACAGCUGAUGAAGCUUUUGUGAUUACAGCAUUAGAGGCCUUGGUGGAGAAGAGAAUAACUGGUUUUCCUGUUGUUGAUGAAGAUUGGAAUUUGGUCGGAGUCAUCUCAGAUUAUGACUUAUUAGCACUUGAUUCCAUUUCAGGUGGUACUCAAAGCGAUACCAAUCUGUUUCCUGAUGUGGAUAGUUCGUGGAAAACAUUCAAUGAGUUGCAGAAACUUCUCUGUAAAACAAAUGGUAAAGUUGUUGGCGACCUGAUGACGCCUGCUCCGCUAGUUGUUCGUGAAACUUCAAAUUUAGAAGAUGCUGCCAGGUUGUUGCUUGAAACAAAAUAUCGUCGAUUGCCGGUAGUAGAUGCAGAUGGCAAGCUGGUGGGGAUCAUUACUAGGGGAAAUGUCGUUAGAGCUGCGUUGCAGAUAAAACGUGCUGCUGAAAGUUCGACAUAAUUCUGGGAACGUUGGCUGGUUGGCUGGUGUCGCUCUGUGGUAAGGUAAACAUGCUAUUCAAAAGCUUAGCAUUGAUUUGUAGAUCUUGAAUAUAGUAUAUAUAUAAUAGUUUGCUUUAAAGGGAAGUUUAUUGUUGUUCUAAGAUUCUUCUUCCCAGUUUCCUAACUGAGAAAUGUUGGUCUAUUGCAACAUUUAGGUAUCCCAGCAUUUCAGGUCAGUCCACUGUAUGAUUUCUCUAUUGAGUUAGUCAUAUUAUUGUUUAAAUUUCCCUAAACAUUUUGAAUAUAAUUAGUGAGUAUUUU